GUACGUAAUAACGUAACCGCACGGUAUACGGCUCUGAUGCGGCAAGGCUAAACCAAGAAGCAGCGACCGGGAAUUACAGGCCAACACAGGAAUUGAGAUCUACCGCUCGGUACCAACUCCGGGACGAAGCUCCCACGCCGAUGCCGCAGCCUUCUUCACAGCUCAGCAUCUCAUGAAGCUACACAACAGCUACAACAGGGGACACCACCAGAAGCUGCUAGCUGUAUGAGCAAAAGAGCAACACAGCCCUAAGGCGAAACAGCUUCAGUCAGAGAGUAGGCUCACACUUCCGUAUUAUACUGAUGCUGUCGAUGCUGAUGCUGAACACCUUCUUCCCGUAGCGAUCGUUCUACUUGUCAACCAACCAUGAUCAAGUUUGUUUUGAUGAUCUCAAAAUCUGGCCGGACAUGCUUUGCCCGCUACUUUGAAGACGGGCAAUUGAAAGCGAAAGACAGGGUUUUGCUGGAGUCCGAUCUGAUAAGAACAAUCUUGGCUAGGAAAACCAAAGGAUGUUCUUUCUUUGAUUACCAAGACCUGAAAAUCAUUUUUCGUCAGUUUGCAUCAGUUUUCAUCAUAUGUGGUGUGGAUGAGGAGGAGAAUGAAAUUGGCAUAUUAGAAUUUAUUCAACUCUUUGUAGAAAUAUUGGACAGCUAUUUUCCGAAAGUGUCUGACUUCGAUGUCAUGUUCAACCUGGAGAAGGUGCACAUUAUACUGGAGGAGAUGCUAAGCAAUGGUUAUAUUACAGAGACCAGAAAGAGCCAUAUCUUGUCCCAGCUACGUCUUAUGGAUUCCAACAGAUGAAACCUAUGGUGAAACCAACAGUGUCCAGUCUUCAACAGGCGAGCUGAGCUGUCAAUGCUACACCUUAUGGAUUCUAAGAUCCAACAGAUGAAACCUAUGGUGAAACCAUCAGCGUCCAAUCUUCAACAGGCAAGGCCGAGCUGUCCUAGCUAGGUCUUAUGGAUUCUAACAGAUGAAACCGUGGUGAUACCACCAGCGUCCAAUCUUCAACAGGCAGGGCCGAGCUGGCCCCAUCAGAUGUAUAGUUAUUGUCAUGGUGAUAAACAUUGUAUCCUGAACAUUUUAGUACUAGAAGGUGCAGAUGCAAUCGUCUUUUUUUUUUGGGGGGGGGGGGGGGGAAGGGUUUUUUAUUUUUUUUUAUUUAUAGUCCAAUAGCGAACAAUAUAGCCAGUUCAGGUAUGAACAGAUUAUUGUUGACAGCUGGUCGGCACACCAACAGGCCCUGUAAAGAGAGUCCCAAAUUGGCCAAUCAAAUUGGUUUGCAGCAGCUCAGAUGAUUUUAUGUUCAUCACUAUGGGUAAUCUAUGAAAAAAAGAAAAGUAACUUAACAUUUCUGUAAAAUAAGACUUUUAAAGGUGCACACAAUGGAAUAAUGUGGAAGUGAACACUCGUAUCAGAGUAUGUGUACAUUUGCGCAUUCUAGAAAGUAAUCUGGAUAUUUUACAGGUUUACUGAAAAUACUUUACCUGGGUAAAAUAAAAUGAAAUUGUCAUUUUUACACUGUAUGAUGCAUGUACAUCUAUA